GCAGAUACUGUAGAGAACAGGUAUCAGUUGUUCAACAACCGUAUUCAAAAUGAAGCUGUUCAUCAUCGCCGCUAUCUUGGCCGUUGCUGCCGCCGCUCCUUCCGGUUACAAAACCGAAGAAGAGAAGUACGGAAAGGACUACAAAUACCCCGAGAUCACAGUCACUGGCCAAUCUGAUGAGCGUAACCUGGAUGGCAGCAGCCAGUGGAACUACGCCCAAUCCGACUACGCCACCCGUGCCGAAUCCCAGGCCCAGAAGAAAUUCACCGUCACCACCGUCGAUGAUUACGGCAAAGAAACCAAAGAGGAAGUCUACGGAAACACCAACCAGGGAUCCUCCUACUGGGUUUCUCCUGAAGGCGAGAAAUUCACUUUGACCUGGGUCGCCGAUGAUGCCGGUUUCCAGCCAAAGGGUGACCACUUGCCCGUCGCUCCCGUCCACGUCUACGAGCUCCCAGUUGCCCCAGUCCAUGAAUACGAACUCCCAGUUGCCCCCGUCCACGAAUACGAACUCCCCGUUGCUCCAGUCCACAUUCCAUUCAACGGAAAGGGCUACAAGAUCUAUUAAAUUAUUAUUGACUGUAUCCAUCUAAUGUACAGUGCCAUGGCAUUGAAAAAGUUGGUGUAAAUAUAAAUCGUGCACUUGAAA